AUUCCAGGGCACCAGCUCCUCUUCUGUGUAAUUAUUGUUUGGGCCGUCUUCAGUUUCCGAUCAUUGGAGACAGCUUGUGGUUGCCCAAUCGUGACAGUGUGUGGUCGGCCACGGCAGGGGUAGCGCUGCCGUUAUGUUCCGUUUCCGCCUCCUGCUUCUAGUGAUACUCUUCCUUUUCGCCCUUCUUUACUCAGCCUCGCACUUAGCCAGUUUGGCUCAAGGUUGUCGGAGCUCCUAGUGAGAGACCCCCGGCCCGCACGCCCCCCUCUCCCCAACCAGCGAGGCGCGAUGAAGACGCUGAUGCAGGAGGAGGUCGUGAAGGUCCCGAAGGGCAUCAAGAUUACCAUCAAGUCCAAGGUCGUGGAGGUCACCGGCAAGCACGGUACCCUGAAGCGCAGUUUCAAGCAUCUGCCCAUCGAGUUGCGGUUGGCCAACAGCAACAAAGAGGUCCGGGCCAGGAUGUAUUUCGCCAAGUCGAAGCAGCUUUCCAUGCUCAACAGUUGCUGCAGCCACAUUGCGAACCUCUUCACUGGUGUGGAGCAGCGUUUCCAGUACAAGUUGCGCCUCGUGUACGCGCACUUCCCGAUCAACGUCACGAUCACAAACGGCGGCGGCACUGUCGAGAUCCGCAACUUCCUUGGGGAGAAAAUUGUGCGCACCGUGAACAUGCUGUCGGGCGUGAAGAUCGAGAAGAGCACGGCAACGAAGGAUGAGCUCAUCGUCACUGGUGCGGACAUUGAUUUGACUUCGCGCUCGGCCGCUCUCAUCCACCAGUCCUGCCUGGUUAAGAACAAGGACAUCCGUAAGUUCCUGGAUGGCAUCUACGUCAGCAGCCACGGUGCCAUCGAGGAUUGAGAUCGUCAGGGGGUGAUGCAGCGUGUGGUGACGAGGAGUCCUUCGUGGCAGAAAAGAGGUAAUCCUUCUCGUCCUCUUUCCGGCUCGGUGGCCCAGAGGGGGCGGCCCAGGAGCAUCGCCAGGCCAGGCCGUUGAGCAGUCAUGCCCUUAGCCCAGCCCUCGCUUUUAGACCGCUCGAGGCGCAA